CUCCUUGGCAAGGGUAAUUUCUGUAACGUCUAUAAAGGAGUACUAGCGCGGACGCCUGAUGAGAAGAUCACAGUGGCCGUGAAGAUAUGCCAUGAAGGAUCAGUCUCAAAAGGAUUUCAAGAAACCAAAGAGGCACGAGAUCAGAUGCUGAGCGAGGCGCAGAUGAUGAGUUACUACGUCCACAAUCAUAUCAUUGAGAUGUUCGGUGUAGCGUGCGAUCAUCCGCCCAUACUGAUCGUCAUGGAGUAUUGUCCUGGUGGAGACUUACAAUCUCAUCUAAAGAAACAAAAAGCUGCCAUAGAGGUUGGAGAAAGGAUUGUUUAUACAAUAGAAGCCGCACGAGGGAUGAGAUACUUGCACAGGAAGAAUUGUAUUCACCGGGAUCUAGCCGCUCGAAAUUGUUUGAUAUCGGCAAAAGGAAGCAUGAAAAUUGCGGAUUUUGGACUGUCGAAGCUUGUCAAUGACCUGGAGAAGCAAGAAGAUAAAGAAAAAGAAGAAGGAGACAAGGAUGAGCCAAGUCCUCAGAUACCGCUAAGAUGGAUGGCUCCUGAGUCGCUCAAACGUCCAAUGAAAUUCAGUACAAAGACAGAUGUCUGGUCGUUUGCUGUUAUGAUGUACGAGAUUUUCAACCAAGGCAUGAAACCUUGGCCAGACGAUCCACCAAAGAAAAUUGCGACUAUGAUUCGUAAAUGCAAUAUGCCGGCUAUGCCAGAAGGAACUCCCGCAGAAGUGAAACAAUUGACAUCACAAAUCUGGUGGGUCUUCAAGUAA